GGUGCCGGCGCCCUGCUGUGGAAGGCUGUGACUGACCACCUACAGCUCCUCGAGGCCGACUACUUUGACCUUGAGUAUACUAACACGCACGGGGAUGAGCACGCCGCUGCGGUUCUGCGUCAAGUUCUACACGCCGGACCCCGGACUGUUGGAGGAUGAGCUCACCAGGUACCUGUUUGCCCUCCAGGUACGUAAAGACCUACUGCUCGGAGAGCUGCGGUGCAGCGAGAACACGGCUGCCCUACUAGCCUCGUACGUGGUACAGGCCGAGCUGGGAGACUUUGACCUUGAGGAAUACCCUGAGGCCACCUAUCUGGCGGGAUUCAAGUUUGUGCCCGAGCAUCUACAGAGUCAUGAGUUUAUGGCUAAAGUGAUGGAUUAUCACAAACAGACCGCCGUCUGGGGGAUGUGUCUAGCACACCGACAAAGUCUGGACGGGGUUACUACAAGGACACAGUGGAGUUUUUCUUCGAGACGCGCGACCGCUGCAAGCUGUUCUGGAAGCGCUGUAUCGAGCACCACGCCUUCUUCCGCUGCCAGGUGGUGGCCAAAAUGCCGCGCAACAAGACCAGGGUGGUCAGUCGGGGAUCCUCCUUCAGGUACAGUGGGAAGACUCAGAAACAGCUGGUGGAGUAUGUGAGGGAGAACAUGGGCAAGAGGCCGCAGUUUGAGAGGCGUCGGAUGUUUGGGAAGAAAAGGACGUCUACGAGUGGCCGUAUCUCUAGUCGCAGCACCAGCGUCACACCGAAGAUCUCCUCCAAGCCGGGCAUGCACUCUUCCUCCGCCGACCUUCACACCAGCUCGGGGUCAAGAUCGAGUGGCUCCCACAUCCUGGACAGUAACCACACGGCUUUGGCGGGCUCACGAGAUGCCUCGGGCACACCGCAGGGUGCGGUGCGGGUCGAGUCGGUGGACGUCCACAGCGACAGCUCCAUGUCAGGGUCAAGGUCGCUCAACUCUCCGCGGUUGGAGCACGGGCUGAGCAUCGACCAGGAUGUGAUCGAGGCUGUGAACGCGCGCACCGAGGGCAUGACGGACGAGGAUGAGGAGGACAACAACGAGGACGACCACCGCCACGCCGCAGAGGUCAAGGACAUGGACACGACGGACGACCGAGGAGGAGGCCGAAACAACGCCAUGGCUCACGUGGCCUCGGAAACGAAAGUGUCGUCCAUGCCUGUGAGGGGUCUCCAGCCACAAGACCGCAAGCAGUCGGCGCCGGCGUUUGGAGCCUUGAGGGCGGAGGCAGAGAGGAGGGAGAGGGAGGAGGAGGAACGCCAUCUGUCUCGCACCACGGAGAUAGAGAACAUUCCAGAGCUAGUGGAAGAGGACAGUGCCGCACAUGUGUCACCGCCCAGGCAGAGCCUGCUACGGUCCACCAGCGUGGGCGUGCCACAUCAGAGCUCAGUCCGCUCCGACGACUUCGACGACCUCCCCCCUCCUCCUCCCUCCCCUCCCCCGCUGUCCUCCCCGUCACCCCCUCCCCCUCCCCCUCCCUUUGAAGACUCGAUCGAGUCCAGCUCCCCGCUCCCCCCGGCCCCCGUCUACCUGCGGGGAGCCAGCCUGGAUAACGAGACGGAGGACGACAACAACGACCUUGGGAUCCAGAUGCAGGCUGCAACGGCGGGUGGGGACUCGAGCGAGGAACUCCUCAACGACGCGGUACAGAACCAGGCUCUGAUCCUAGCCCAGGCACAGAGGCAUGCCGUGCUACAGCAGAGAGAGGAGAUCGUCAAUGACGAAGCGACCACCGAUGUCAGGCCGCCGCUACCACCGCCGCUCGAGAACGGCCAGGACCAAGACGAAGAGAACCAGCACGACCUGACGGCUGAGAUCGGGGACGUGAGCGCGAUGAGCGCCAUGAGUGAGACGGCUGAUAGCCCCGCCCACAGCAGUGUCCGGGCAGCGAGCGAGGCCAGCAUCACGUCGGGGCCCGACCGAGACCGGGACGACGAGCACAAGAAGAGGUCACGGCACCGGCCGUCAGACACAGCCUACUACAUCGCCAAGGAACUGCUCAUGACAGAGAGGACCUACAAAAAAGACUUGGAGGUGAUCUGUGUGUGGUUCCGUAACGCGGUGAGCUGCGACCCGGCCAUCCUCAACGCCAUGUCGGAGGUGGUGUUUGCCUACUUUGACCCCAUCUACAACUUCCACUUCGCCUUCCUCAAGGAGGUGGAGCAGAGGCUGGCUGCCUGGGAAGGGAAGUCUCAGCCUCAGGUGAACGGCGACUGGCAGAAGGUGGGGGACAUCAUGCUGAGAGCCAUCAACAACUUCCAACAGCUCUACGAGAAUUACUACAACCACUUGGAGGAAAUUCUCUCGGAGAUCGACUCCAAGGUGAAGAAGCAGAGGCCAUUUGAGGAAAUCUGCCGAGGGUUCGAGUCCCAGAAAGUGUGUUACCUGCCCUUGAACACGUUCUUUAUUCGUCCGGGCCAGCGUCUUCUGCACAUGAAACUUAUCCUUGAGCGUCUAGUCAAGCACUAUUGCUUCACCCACCAUGACACUGAGGAUUGCAAAGAGGCCUUGUGUCGGAUUACAGAGAUCAUCAACUCCUUCAGGGACCGCUACAGGAAACUUGAGAACCUACAGAAGUUGAUGGAGCUACAGAGAGAUCUGCUGGGCCUGGAGAAUUUGGUGCACAUCGACCGGGAUUUCAUCAGAGAAGGCUGUCUACAGAAGUUCUCUAGGAAAGGUUACCAGCAACGAAUGUUCUUUUUGGUGGAUGGAGGUGAUCAACUCUGCCACGCACAACGCCCGACGUACGCGGCUCUUCAGUCGCUUAGACAGCCGCCUGGAAAACAACAACAGCUAGCUGAAAACCUGGCGCUUCUGUCGGCGAUGAACGUCUGUUGACCUAGUUAGUGACUGACUCGAGGGUUUGUGUUCACACGUGCUGAGGAACGGACUGCGUAACUGUUUUUUUAUAAUUGAGAAAAAGACGGAGAGAGAGGUGAAAGAAGAGAAGAAUAUGCGUGUGCGUUUAUUAUUUGGGGGUUUUUUUUGUAUUCUGUGAAUGGAAAAAUUGGUUGUGUUCAGCAGAAGUGAGUUUUUCUUCUGUGAGGAAAGUGGUUCAGCUGGGAUGUUCUUUCUGACGUUCUGUGUUUGGCAGAUCAGGUGUUCAGCACGUUUGGUAGCAAGAUGGAGGGGACUGUUACUUUUCUCUGUGUCUAUCCACACAAUAUACCGCAGCAAAACCUGUAUUACUGUUAGUAGCCAUUCUCUCCAUCAGCUUGCAGAAUUGAUAAGACUUCUGUGAUCUCUCCGUGUGUGUGUGUGUCUUCUUUUGUCCAGGUGAGACUUUUGGGUGCGAGUUCUUCAGUAUGUUGGUGAGAAGAUGUUUUCACGCUAACACACACACACACACACACACACACACACGACUGGCCCACACACACGACUGGCCCACACCCACACACACACGGUUUCACUUAUACACAUACAACAAUGCACAACUCGCUGGCACAAGUAUAUACACAACAAUGUGUCUUGGGACACUGUAUUGGCGAGUAAACAGUUUCUGGGCCAGGUGUUUACUCGCCCCUAAUGACGAAUAGCCUACUGCCAGUGUUACUGUAAGGGAGAAAGCAAGAAUGGAUUUUCCUGCUGCUACCUUCUGUCUGUAGCUGAUGCCAUUAUUUUCUUACUUUGUUACAUUUUUUCUUGUCUCUUACGAAUUUUCCAAACCAAAAUGUGAAACGGAAGAACAUGUUUCCGCUUUUCAGGAAGUGGCUAUUUCAUGGGCAUUUUUCUGUUGUGUGAAAGAGAAUUGUUGAUGGUCUUGUUAUCAAUUUUAUAUAUAUAUAUAUGGAAAGCUUUAGAAAUGUUUGUUUCUGACUACUAGUGUUUGUCUUUGAUGGUUGUCAGGUCGCUGGUGUGACUGUGGUCUGUUUGGUUGUGGAGUAUGUCGGAAUGGCUGUGAGAGGGUGGAGAUCACAGUUUGUUUGAUGGAUUGUGUGUGUGCGUGUGCGUGUGUGUGUGUGGAGCGGUUGCCAUAAGUACAUGGCCCUGUGUUUCUGUGCUGGCCAAACUAUUGUUACUGGGUACCCGCUAUGUGGCAAUAUGGGGAGAUUGAGUGGGUAGAUUACAGCGGGUAUGGCCUAACUGGCUGUAGCGCUGUACGUCAAAGAUUUUCUCCACCCCCCAGGAUAAUGCUACUGACUGAAGUGUCUUUUGGCCUUUUCCACAGGGCGGAUAUUAUCAUAUUCUUAUGCACAGUAGCACAGUUGGAGAUAUCAACUGAUAAAGCGCAUCGCGUAAAUAUUCGUGAUUUGGCCACUGGGCGGGCGGGCAUCCCGUAAAUACAUGGGGAAAAGGCUCAAGUGAGGUUUUUUUAAAACUGUUACUUGCCACGAUCUCCAGCCCCACUCAACAAUGUGUCUGCCUGGGAGAAAACACAUUACUGGAGUUUGACAAUUUUCUGAUUAAGCAAUUUUAAAGCAUAUCUUGUUUCUGAAGGGUUGGGGUUGAGAAUAGAAUUUUACUCUUCUUUCAUCCCAGUCCUUUGCUUUUGAAGCUUUGAAAGCGGAAGGUUGGAGGGUGCCACUGGUAGAUCCUAGUAGGCCUACUGUUCGAGCUUUAUUGUGUGGGUGUUCUUCUCUUUGCUCUCCCAAACAGAACGAGGCCAUGUGAACCUUCUUUCUGCUUGCUAAAGUUUUUGUUGGUACUUCAUCCCCCCCACGCGCGCUGUUCUCAAACUUACUAGCAAAGCAUUAUUGCCAUGCCAUAAUUUAUCCUCUUUCUAUACAUUUCUUCUCAACUUUCACACGUGUUUGUAUUGUUUUGUACAUAUAUAUGAAGUGAGUUUACGGCUGCAUGGUUCUCACCCCCCCACCCCCUUCCUCCAAACCCAGAAAAUGGUGGCAAUUGUUACUUUGCACCAAAUUGUAAAGUAUUUAAUAGAAUUCAUUAUCUUUGUUGAUAAUAAAAUGUUUACAAGCAUUUACAACUACAUGAUAUAAUGUACUUUGUUGCAUGCCCUCCUGUACUGUUGUACUCAUUUGUAGCUGUAGAGAUUGGUAGAUUGUCUAGAGUUUUCCUUGGUUCCUGUUUCUUCGGUGAGCUCCGAUUUGUACAGAGAGAUCAUUUCUUGGAUGGCAGAUGGAUACAAAAUGAUAAUAUAUUUAACCUGGUUUUUC